UCCUGGUGAUAAUGUCAUCUUAUAGUUGAAAAGAAUUGCAUGUAUAAGCAAAACGUUGUAUUUUGAGAGGAUUUUCAUGUCUUUCUUGGUGUUAUUUUUGAAAAAUAGAUGAGAUUAUCGGGGAAAAAUGGAGGGUAGCGUUGCAGGAGUGAGAAUUUUCCCAGCUGUGGUUCAAUUCAACGAUGCCGAACCUCAUGUGCUUCACCAGAUGAACCUGAAAGUUCAAAAUCUCAGCAAGUUCUCAAAGUUCGUACGCUUCCAUUCACCCAACUCAAAGUUCUUCUCGUUGAAAGUGAAGAAUCCUGACAAACCAAUUGCGCCAGGUUUGGAUGUCACCGUAUUAGUAGAAUAUUACACAGAAGAUUUUGAAGACAGGCAAGAUCAAACCAUAUUAUUGGUAGAUGAUGACAUCAUAGAGAUACCUUUAAUAGCUUUCACACCUUCACCGCAACUUGAAAUACGUGGCGCAGUUGAUUUUGGCACGACCGUGUUAAAUGGCAAGAUCCUAACUGGGUAUUUUUCCAUCGAUAACUACGGGAGUAGAGAGGGAGCCUUCUCGAUCAAGUACACGGGAAAACAAUCGCUGACCGUAAUUCCUACAAGUGACGUCAUUCGAGCCCAUUCAUCACUGAAGAUUAAGGUUGAAUUCAUCGGUAAAACAUGUGGAAAAUUCCAGGAAAUAAUCAAUGUUGACUUGGAAAGACAAGACCAGGCACAUGUCGAGGUACUUGCAAAUGUCGUUGAAAGAAGUAUCGUGUUGUUAAAUCCGGAGACCUGGGCACCAGUUCAACAUAUUGAAUUCGGUCCUACAUACUACGGUACUGAUCAACUACGAUUUUCAAGCUGUACAACAGUGGACCUGAGAGGAUCAAUUUUGUUGUUCUUUUGGACGAGGACACCGAAGGACAGGAAGUGGGUUUGGAUUUGACAAAGACUGCGACAGCCUUAAUGAUAUCCAAGACUCGUUCCGAUGAAAUGGAGACUGGUGACGACUUGAAAUCAUUAAUAUCCGUGUUUCCUACACAAGGUGCACUGGAGGCCGAUGAGACGAUGGAUUUAUAUUUCGUAUUCAGUCCACGAUACGAGAAAUCCUGUCGCGGUUGGAAAAAUAGCGCGAAAAAUCCACCGCGAAAAGAUUAUGCUUUGUUUGUCAACAUAGAAGUUGUUGGCGUCAUCAAUCAGAAUGUAGAGG